GCGGUGAAGUCACAGCCUGGCACCCUCUUGGACAUUUCACCCAUUAAGGAAAUCAUGGUUUGGGAUUAUUAUCUAUAGAGAUGUUUUUUCAACUUUAUUUUAAAGAUUUUUUUAGUCUGUCAGCUAUUGGUGUGUGUGUGUGUGUGUGUGUGUGUGAUUUGUAAGCGUUAAAAGGGAAAUCUCCCCGAAGAACUCACUCUAGUCGUGGAACGAAUGGCAUCUAGCCCAGUCAUUUGGCCCCGGCUCUCUUCCUUUUGGCUUUCCCAAGUGAUCUGUGUCCCCUCCUCCCCUGGGUGAAACUGCAGGUCCACACCCUUCUCUCCUGGUUUCAGGUAGCAGCCGGGGAUUGUGGGUAAUGUAGUUCACCCCCCUUUACGGAUUUCUGGUUGGGCAAGACUUGAGCAGGAACAGGAGGACUUCGAGUCCCAGACGGCACUGUGAGCGGGAGCAGUUAGCCACCGAACUAGGUGUGUUGCAGGAGGAGAUCACUGAGUUCCUCUCGGGAGAGUGGCUCAUUUUUCCACCUUUGCGGAGCAGAUCUCUGUCCCCUGCCCCCAAGCCCUGACUGGUGCCUGGGCUGAAGCUGCUGGGGCUUCUUUCCAUACCUGAACUUCCCACUUAGAAAGCAAGUCUAAGGUUCAGAAUGAUCUUGGAUCUCUUCCACUUGUGUUUGAUCCCCAAGUCCCAGUCAUAAAGAAGUGUCAAUGAGUCACGUCAGCUGCCAAAGGACAGACGGACCCUGACCGGCUAACGUCAUAGCAAGAGCACAGCUGGACGACAGGGUGCGACGAAGAGAGGUGACUGUCUAACACGGUUCCAACCAUUCCAUCUGUAGGCACAGCAAUUCAUGGAGGAGAAGAAAGUGAUGAACACUAAGAGGAGACGUCAAGAUUAGGCCUGCCCCAUGGCCAAUUCCCCCGGCAAAGAGAACCAUCCUGUAUAGCAAAGAAUAUUUUUAAAGAAUCCAAAAGAGAAAGAAAGAAAAACAAAGAAAAGGAAGAAGAGAAAAAAAGCAGGAAAUGUAAUUAAUUUGUUGCAAAAUAAUCUGAGAGAAUAUGCAAUGUUCUAUUCCUAUGGACCUCCCACUCUUGCAAAGGAUUAAAGGGUAAAAGAAGAAAGGACCAUUUUGGAGAAGAAAUAUAACAAUAGCUAAUACCUCAGCUGGAAAAAUGGCAGCCAGUGGACAGGCUUCCUUAAAGUCUGAGGUGGUCCCACGAUGUAAGUCUGAAGGAAAUUUGUUGGAUGAACAAAACUUCUUCACUCACUAUGACAUGGAAGAUUGCCAAGACAACAAUUUCCUUCCUGAUUGGUCUGGUGUUAGUCCCCAGAAUGUUGGUCCUAUUUCCAAGACAACCAAUCCAUUCUGGAAUGAACUCUCUGCUUCUAAUCCAUUCUUGGAUGACGUAGCUCAGUUAAGAAAUACUGGGAAGAAUACAAAUGUGUCCAUCUUAAAGGAAGACCCCUUUCUCUUCUUUCGAGAAGGAGAAGAGGAUAGUUCUUCAGGUGAUGAAUUAAUUUUCCACCAAAUGCUCAGGAAGUCUUCAUCAAAGAAAUCUGGGAAAUCCAAGAGCAUUUCAGAACUUUUGGAUAUGGUGGACAGAACAGCAAGUAUAGAAAUAUCUGACCAGAUUUUACCUCACGACAUGGAAUGGCUUCAACAUGACCGAGAAGCUUAUAAAAUGGCCUGGUUAAGUCAACGUCAGUUGACUCGAUCAUGCCUGGAUCUGAACACAAUGAGUCACAGUCUUGGUUGGGCUCAAACCCAAGUGGCAGACACUGUCAUUGUUUGUAAAUUGGGCUCUGAAGGAGGCUCAGUGCAACUUCCAGGGUCACACAUCACUGUGCAUGUGCCUCAGGGUCAUGUAAGAACUGGAGAGUUCCAAGAAGUUACUCUGAGGGCUUUUCUGGACCCUCCAAAAACCCUGAAUCAUGAUCUGUCAUGUACUGUGAGCCCACUGUUGGAAAUUACAUUAAGUAAUCUCAAUACAAUGGAAGCCAUUUCGUUAGAAAUGGAAAUCUCAGCUGAAAAGAGGCAGGACCCUUUUAGCCAAGUCAUGGGGACAUUGACUUGUUUGUAUAGCUCUAAUAAAGGGGGACCAUUCAGAGAACUUAGUAACUGCUACAUUUACAAUGACAUGAUCCAAGUGAAAUUAUUAGAAUUAAGUAAUGUGAUGUACAUAGUGGCUGUAGCUCAAUGCAAAGCCAUUCAGGCACCAGCCACAAGUGUGUGGGAUUUUAUCCACAAAACUAUUCAUGUUGGGGUUUAUGGACCCAGAUACAUUCAUCCCAGUUUCACUGUUAUCUUUACUCUAUGGGGUCACAGCUAUAUGCCAAACAAGCUCACCAUCACUGAUAUCAAUAGGAAUGGGAAAAAUGUGUCUCCAGUUGUAUUUCAGCUCUGGGGGAAACAUUCCUUUUUGCUUGAGAAGCCUCAUGAUCUACACAUUUCAAUCUUCUCAGAAGACCUAGAUUUUGAAGUGAAACCCGAUGAAAAAAGAAAAGAAAUUAAACAGGAGCAGCUGAAAGCUGGAGAAGUUAUCCACCAACAAUUUCUGUUUUCUGCAACAGACAGCAAGAUAUUACACUCAUUUUUAUUCCUGGUCAGGGUCCACAUUCCCAACGAGAACUCAGUGGCACAGUUUUAUGUAAGGUCACCUGACCCAGCUCCCAACUUAGGUAGGCUUCCCAAUCAGCCGAAUGUUUUGCAGAAAAUGGAAGGGAUCAAGUACUACCCUCUGUCCCUCACAGUAACUGCCAAAUACCCCAAGUUUCAAAACAAAACACUGAACUUUGCCAAUUAUGGUGUCACUCUGAAAACAGUGUUAAGGCAAGACAAAAUCUCUUACCUCUUGGAAUAUUUCAAAGGAGACACCAUUGCUCUUCUUGGAGGAGGCAAGGUGAAAGCCAUUGGCCAGACCAAAGUCAAGGAAUGGUAUGUAGGAGUCCAUCAAGGGAAGCUUGGUCUUGUGCAUUGCAAAAAUGUCAAAGUAAUUUCAAGGGAACAAGUCAUUGACAUGUCAGAGAGUGGGUUUACAACCCAGAAACUCCUGGAACAGGCUGCCCUGCCCUUUAAGAAGAUGACCUAUAUCUACUCAACUGUGUUGACCCUGGUAUCUGAAAAAAUUUUGGACUGGAAAGCUUUAGCUGAUGCACUGGGCUAUUCAGAGUUGACAGCAGAAGAUUUUGACCAGAUGCAAGUUGACAAAGAGACAGAGAGAGUGUCUUAUGUUGUCAAGAAGUUGAAGGAAGAUUGUCAUGUGGACAGGAACCGGAGAAGCUUUCUUUAUGAACUUGUGGUCGCGCUGCUGAAGAUAGACUGCCAAGGCUUAGUUAUGCAUCUAAUACGGGAGACUGCGAUUCUGACUUCAGCUGUCAAACUGGGGAAAGGCUGGAGGGAGCUGGCGGAAAAGUUAGUGAGACUCACAAAACAACAAAUCGAGGCCUAUGAGAUCCCUCACCAAGGAAGAACCGGAGAAGUUAUCACAGAGAUGAUGUGGAAACCUGCAUAUGAUUUUCUCUAUACUUGGGGAGCACAUUAUGGAGAGAGUUACCGGGACGUGCUGCAAGAUUUACAAUUGGCUUUGGACAGAAUGAAAAAUCCUGUGACAAAACACUGGCGAGAAUUGACUGGGGCCUUAAUCUUGGUGAACUGCCUGGACAUUUUGAGAGCAACAUCCUUCCAUGUUUCAGAGGAAGACUAGUUUUGUUUUUGAGGCAAAGGAGAAUGGACUGGAUGAUGUACAAAUAUUUGAUUUAUUUUUUUAUGUUUUUGGGGAAAACUUGUUCUUUUGAUGAGAGCAUUACAAAUAAAAACAUUUUAAUUA